AUGCGGGGGAGCGAGGCACGCUCCCAGCUGAAACACCAGCAGAACAACUUUCAGCAUGAACUCAUACCUGACAAAGAGGAAAGUUUAAAGUCUCAGGAUGCCCAGAAGAGCCAGAGCUAUUUGUAUUCUGUUUAUGCAGAAAGCAGUGAACACAGAUCCAGGCAUGGAGGCUUCUGUCCACCUGGACUGCAGAGCAAGUAUCUCACCUGCCAGGCCAAGACUCUGCCAGCCAAAUCAGUAGCCAGAGAGAAAGAAGGAGUGGACUGUGCAUAUCCCCUGAAACUGAUUCUUCACCACAAGGGUGUGAGUGUUCCAGUGGUCAACACAGCACAGCUCAGAAGUUCCCCAUAACUGGAGGAAGCUCCAAAUAGGAGUCCUACCUCAAUGACCAACGGGAAAUCUCCAUCAGGGAGGUCUCAGCCAGCUGCAGUGCUCUGUCCUUGGACAGCAGAGCCUAAACACUAAGCUUAUCAUCUAUACAGGAGAGAGCUGCCCUACAUCCAAAAGCUGGAGGCAGGUGGACAGAACCUGGAAAAGGAAAUUCAAAAGGAGGAGGCCCUCAUCAGAGAGAAGCUGAGGAGAACAGAGGAUGAGCUUAGGAGAAGGACUGAAAGAGAGAAGGAGCUUGUCGAAGCAGAGAGGACACAUGAGCAAAAGGCUGCAAGGCACCCUGAAGAGAAAACUCUCAGACAUGCUGUCAGAACAGGUGAUGGUGCAGGGGUCUUUGGUGGGGAGCAGUCUGCAGAGGCCACUAUCCACAGCCCUGGCACUGCCCUCCACCAAGAACUGGCUAGGGGGAAAGUCAAGGAGCAGCUGGUGGCCAGCAACAGCAAAAUUCAAGACCACAUGCCUGUGGAGCAUUAAGGCUCUUCUUCAGCCCUAAAACAUGUCCCUUCUCCCUCUGCCCUCUCAGACCAAGAUUCUGGUCACCACCCACCCGCAGAGGUGCAGUACAUGCAGGCUGCUAAUGCUGUGGAGCCAGAGGAGCUCGAACAGUGCAGCUUCUGUGGACAGUUUUUCUGCACCAGGCUCAAGAAGCACAAGAGUAUCUGUGGCAAGAGCCAAGGGUCCAAGAAGAAAGUGACUAAAAAAAGGCCAGAGCUAGGGGCACAGGAACAGUAUCAGCAGACGAAGAGCUCAGAGAGGCCUCAUAAUAAAUCCCUCAAAAGGAACAGCUGGAAACAGAAGAACAAGGUUUCAAUCCAGACCCAGUGUUAG